AUGAAUAAAUCCAUUUCAUUAGGUAUAUACACAGCGGUGUACGGCAUCACGGUAUACAUCUACCUUUCAAAGGCGUCAUCAGAUGUGGGUCACCACCGCAAGAUUGUUCUUGGAGGAAUCUCUGCGCUCUACUGGCUAACGUUUCUAAACUCGGCGUCUAUGUGGAAUUCUUUGACAUGGUCUUUGGUUCUCAAUGGAGGCAAUAAGAAUUCGAUGUUCUGGUCGUCACUUUUGGUUCCACUUUGGAUCUCUGCAUUGUCGAGCGUAAUCGAAAAUAUAAUAUUUGUUAUUUCUGAUGCACUUCUCAUCUGGAGGUGUUACCACGUUUGGGGUCAAUCCGUGAGGAUGAUUGCAGUUCCACUUCUGCUCCUCUUUGCAGAGUUGGUUUUGGCUUUCGCAGCUACGGUACUCAAUAUUCUCUCUACAGAUCUUACCAAUGGUAAAAACAUGACAUUGGACGACAACAUUUUAGUGGCGCUAUUUUUCGUCUCUCUAGCCACGACAUCCUGUGCAACAUUCCUUAUUGGCUGGAGAAUAUACACUGCUUCUGGACAUAUAGGUCGAUCCAAAUACACGCACAUAAUCACUACCAUCAUCGAAUCGUCGGCAGUUUAUUCACUGGUUUUGUUGGUGCUGGCGAUUCAUACUGUUACACGGUUUUCCAGAGAGAUAGAGUCCCCGUGGUUUGAAAUGAGUGCCUACACUUCGCUCGCGUUAAAUUUCGUUCCGGGGUUUGCGCCGACAGUUAUGGUUUUACGGCUUGCGAUUGCCAAUACAGCCAAAGCAGACUUUUCUAGUACUAUUACACAUAUAUGUGGUAUCGACUCAGACGGCUCCCAAUUUCAAGCCGAGAGUGCAUCUGCGAGUCCGGAAAGCAGGACCAGUGCGGAGAGCGGCUCCAUGGUCGAUGAAUUAAAUGGAGAUGAAGAUCAAGGCGCGAUUAUCGACCUUAUAGCAGAGUCGCGAAGGGAGGAUCUCGAUUCUCCAAUUUCGGAUUAUGAUCAUCUCCUGGGGAUUGAAUUUGUGGUCGGUCAGGCGCUGGCGCAUCAUUAUUAA